UUUGCCAGAAUGAGGACAACAAUUAUUUUUCUGGCCUGCCUAAUAAGCCAAGUUGUAGCCAUAGAUCGGUCAGUGGACAAGCGUUAUUGCACAUCGAAAUUAUGUGGAUCUAGUAAUACUGCCUGUAUGAACAAUGGGACCCUCGUAUAUUGUAAUCUGAAAGGUCCCAUGAUGCUGAAUAUGACCAGUUACAGAGAUCCCCUCAGCAAAAUGUUCAACAACGUGCGGAACGAGGUGGCCGGUGGCCACUAUAGAAACCUGCCCCAGGCCGCUCGAAUGGCCAAAAUGUCCUGGUCGGAUGAGUUGGCCUGGUUCGCACAUCUCGAUGUGGUUCUGUGCCGCAAGACCACCCACCAUUGUCACACUUCGCCGUACUUUUACUAUAUCGGUGUACUAACCGAAGAGGUAUUCAAAAAUUAUGGCGAAGACACCGCAACGAAUUUGGACAUCAUGAACGAGGUGAUCGAAUACUGGAAAAGCGGUAUCGGAAUGAUCGAUAGAAAAUACACUCUCCAUCUCCCUCAAGCAUUUGAUAAGGCAUCCACCUUCAGGGCAUCCCUGCUGAUUAAUGAGCGCAACUCGCAUUUCGGUUGCGCAACAAUUUACUUUAAAAACAAUGAUCACUUCAUAUUUAGCUGUGCCUUUGCCACGGCCAAUAUCGUUGGCAUGCCGGUUUACAAAUGGGGCCUAAAGCCAGGUAUCAAGUGCCACAGGCGUGAUAAAUAUUACAAAAAUUUGUGCGCCAUAGGAGAGAAAUAUAACAAUCAUAAGAGCUUUUACUCAGCGGAAGUAAUAACAGAGGAAUAAGCAAAGUAAUUUUAUAAUAAUACUUCGACUUAAGAUACAUAGAAUGUGUGAAUAAAUUAGAAUAUAUAUAUAUCCCCAAUGAA